AUGGAAUCAUCAAGUUCAUUGAUUGAGGAAAGGGCUGAUGAAAUAAUUAGACAUUUAGAACAAAAUCAGCCCUUAUUAGAAAACAAUCUUAUGUCUAAUAAUGACAGAAUGGAAAGCUUGAGAGUUAUGACGGAAAGUUUAACAAUAAAACGAUCGAUAAAAAAAAAAUUAAACAGUUCGAUUAGUUGUGAUAAGAAAGCAAUAAGUUUUUCUAAAAGGUUAAAAUACAAAAUCAGUUUUUUUUUCAAUAAGAUUUUGAAUUCUAUAAAAAAUUUUCUUAAAAAUUUCGAACUUUGGUAUUCGAGUUUAAAAGUUAUCGAAGGACAUUUCGGAAGCAGUGUUGCAAGUUAUUUUAAAUUUCUUCGUAAAUUUUUAUUUUUCAUAAUGAUACCACAACUCCUUUUUCGAUUCACACAAUAUGUAAAUAUUGAUAAUAAUAAUUUAACACAAAAUAUAAAUGAAUCAUUUUCGGUUAGAAACGAACGUGUAAAAUCCUUGGCGAUAAUAAUGGUGCGAAGUGAUCCUUAUAAGGACAAUGGCGAAUUUCGUUUGGGCAAUAUAUUCACAGGAGAAGGUUUUCUGGCUAACACGAUACUUUUUUAUGGAUAUUACACCAACUCAUCUUUGAAAUUAUUCGAAGGCUACAAUUUUAAUAUUCCAGCUUCGUAUUUUUUUACUUCUGCAGUAUCUUACGUUCUCAUAUUCUUAUUUCUUUUUAUCAGUGUCGCUGUCUCCUAUAGAAAAUGUUACAUCGAAACUUCCGGUGGAAUAAAUAAUACUUUUUCAAAUAAAAUUUUUUGCAGUUGGGAUUUUGGUAUAGCAACGCGACAAGCCGCAGAAUUAAAAUCUAAAAGUAUUUACAUUGAAAUAAAGGAACUUUUGGACGAAGUGACUCAGCCAAAACGGAAAAAGUCAUGUUCUCACGCUUUUUACACCACCGCCGUUAGUUUAUCAUUAAAUGGAAUUCUCCUGUUUUUAUUAGGCGUUGGAGGAAUGUAUUCGUGGACAUAUUUAGAUCAACAAAUGACAACAGCCGAUACGGCAACAACAAUGAUGAUGUGGUUGUUAUUGACCAUCGUCAUUGCUGUUGCUCCCGUAAUAUUUUCAUUAAUCGCUCACAUCGAAGGAUUUGAACUACCCAGUACAGCCCUAUAUAUGACGUUAAUAAGAACGUUUAUCCUAUACGCUGUCGUCAUAGCUGUGGUCGUAGCAUUUCGAUUAAAUCGUUCCUCAGAAUCAGAAUGUUGGGAAACAAUUUUAGGUCAAGACAUGUACAGGCUCGUACUUUUAGAUUUUAUUUUCGGUCUGAUAGGUACGGCACUAUCGGAAUUCAUAAGAUUUAGGAUUUUCAUAAAAAUGUGGGAAGGAAUCGGUUGUCCCGAAUUCGACAUAGCAAGAAGCACGAUGAACCUUAUUUACAAUCAAACAUUAUUUUACGUCGGAUUGUAUUUCAGUCCCGUUUUAUCCCUCAUCAUCACCGUGAAAUUAUUCAUAACUUUUUACAUAAAAAAAUGGGGAGCCAUAUACAAUUGCAAACCUUUUUUAAAACCUUGGAAAGCGGCUCACGCUCACACGGUUUACCUCAGCAUUGCAUUUUGUUCAUUUUUCAGCGUUUUUAUUGCUUACGGAUAUAUAAUCACUUCAGUCAAAACUUCAAAUUGCGGACCUUUUCGCGGUGAAAAAUACAUGUACGAAAGCAUACUGUAUGAAAUAUUAACGAAUCGGGAUUCGAUUAUAUUUAAUUUUUUAUAUUGUUUAACGAGACCUGGAAUCGUCGGAAUCGUCAUAAUGGCUCUCACUUUGGGUGUUUAUUACAUGAGAGCCGUUGCACUCGCGAGAAUCCACGUCGUCAAUCAUCUUCGUCAAUUAUUAUUAUUGAAAGCCGGCGAUAGAAAAUUAUUACUUAACGAAAUAUCGAAAUAUACGAAAUCUCAAAAUUUAUUAUUUAUGAAUAAUGAAAGAGAAAAAAACAAAAUGGAGGAGUCUGGAGAGGAGGAUUGCGUUUUUUUUUAUAAAAAUAAUUCAACGGAUUCCGUUGGGGAAAAUCCGAACGGAAACAACGAAAUCGAUGAUAAAAAUGAAGAAUUAUUUAAAUCUCAGAGAAGAGAUGAAAGUACUUUCCAGAAGGAUGAUGAUGAUGAUCGAUCGAAUUGUCCUUCGACUUCUUCCCAAUGGGCUAAUAAUGGUAAUCCAGAACAAAGCCGUAGAAAUGAUAAUGUGGAUGAUGUCGAAAGUGUCAAUUGCGACGAAGUAAACAAGAUGGCGAGUCGUGGAGUCGUUUUACUAAAUUUUAAUCCGAUAUUUUCCGAAAGUAUUCAAAUCCCAUCAAAGGAUGAUGAAAAAGAGAGUUUAUUCGAUUCGGAAAGACUGAAAACAAAUAACAGGUCUCAUCAAGUACAAAACGAAGAAGAUGGUAUCAGGAAUGGGGAAAUGAUGGAAUCAUCGACGGAAAAUGAUUUUAAAAAUUAUUUACGUUUUCACGAAAGACUUCCGAGUAGAAUAAGUUUUAGUCCGCAAUCUAAAUCCAGUGAGGGAAAUAAGAAAAAAAAACGUUAA